AUGGCACGCAACGUCUGCAUCACAGCCGCCGAGGGCCAAACCGGCUUUCUCAUCGCCGAGCUCCUGCUCAAGCACUCCCUUUCGCGCAAAGUCGACUCGGUGACGGCCUUCACCAUGGACCCGACCUCGGACCGCGUCAAGGCGCUCGACUCGCCUGGCGCCACGGUUGUAGCCGAAGCUGAGAAGGUGCUGCAAGCCCUGUCUGAGAGCGAUAACAUGGAACGGCAGUCCAUACUCGAUUACUUCAGCCUCGUGCGCAAGGGCAAGAUCAGCCCGACAGCGUUUCACGACGUCACGGGAACCCACCCCACCGAGCCGACCGGUUUCUUCAAGAUGCGCUCGGGUGCUUUGUGUUGUCACAAGAGUUCCGAGUUUGUCAGAAGACUCUGGCGAAAGAAUGAGAAGACUCCGGUAGUGUACCCAGCCAGAGAUGUAAAUCAUAGGUGA